AUGCCAUUCCAAAGCUGUUUCACAAGAAUUUACAGGGCAACCUUUUUUCAAGCCAUUGUCAUUGGAUUUUUAUCUUUCACUCAGCCUGGUAUAUGGAGUGCUAUUGCCGGUUUGGGUGGCGGAGGGUUGGAAAAUGUAACCACUGCCAAUACUGCUAGCUCAAUUUUAUUCGGGAUCAUGUUUUUCUUUUCCCCAAUAUUUGGUUUCUUGGCCAACAGAUGGGGCAUCAGACCGAUCCUUAACAUUGGUACAGUGGGGUAUGUUUUCUGGUCCGCGGGCCUUUAUAAGAACUCUAAAGAUGGUUCUGAAGCUCUUAUUAUUGCUGGUGCUGUCCUAUGUGGUAUUUCUGCCUCCGCCUUUUGGACAGGAGAAGCCACUGUCGCAAUUUUAUAUCCAGAGCAAAACCAAAGAGGUUUGUUUAUUGGUACUUGGCAAAUAUUAAACAAAGUUGGUGGCUUGAUUGCUGGUGCUAUUUCGGUUGCUUUAAAUAUAAAAGAUGGAGAAAAAGGCGCAGUCAGUUUGAAUACUUAUGUUGUUCUAUUGGCGAUACAAUGUUUGGGGUUUCCCGCAUCUUUUCUCUUGUCUCCACCUGAAAAAGUAAUAAGAAGUGAUGGUUCUAAACUUUUGUCCAACUUGCGUAACAAAACUAUCAAAGAUGAGAUGAAAACAUUCUUCAGAGUUUUGAGAAGGAAAGAAGUAAUUGGACUUGCUCCGUUAUUCAUUGCAGUUGUUUGGUUCAAUACAUGGCAAUCUAAUUACAUGACAAAUCACUUCAGUGUUAGAGCCAGAUCAUUAAGCUCAUUACUAACUGCUUUGAUCUGCGGGGCCACCGAUGUUGUUGCCGGCCAGUUGCUUGAUCUAAAAUUCAUCCGCAGAUCUCUUAAAGUUAAAGUAUCAUGGGUUUUUGGUGUUUUGAUGAUGAGUGGUUUUUUCAUCUAUUCGUUGGUACUUCAGAAACAAUUUGAUAUAAAUCCAGAGUCUGGUAUCGAUUGGCACGGAAAUUCCCGUUUUGCAAGAGCUUUUAUUCCAUUCCAAGUUUUCAAAAUCAGUGGUGAAUUCAUUUUUAACUGGUGUUACUGGGUUAUUGGUGCCUACCAAUUCUCUUCAGAAGAAAUUCCACAUGUUUCUGGAAUCAUUAGAUCGUUGGAAUCUUUUGGUCAGUGUAUAGCAUUUGUUAUCGCUGUUGUGGAUACAAAUGACAUGACCAGCUUGAUAGUUUCUGUCAUUAUCUUUUAUGUUGCCGUUAUUCCUGCGUCAUUUGUUGUUUCGCAAGUGACUGACGAAGCAAUUGAAGGUAUAACAGUAGCUAGCCAUGAGGACGAAAACUCAGAAGAAGGUAUUGAAAAGCAUUCUGAACAUAUUAUCAUUGAGAAUGUAGCAUAA